AUGGGUUUCUAUAUAAACACAACGAUCAUAGCUGAAUUUACUGUCAUGUCUGCGAAGUAUAUCUAUCAAGUAGCUGAUGCAUUGAACUAUUGUCACCAAAAUGAAGUUAUACAUCGUGACAUCAAACCUGAAAAUCUAUUACUGACUACGUUAGGCGAUGUAAAACUAGCUGAUUUUGGAUGGUCUGUUCAUGCUCCUUCCUUGAAGAGAAAUACCAUGUGCGGGACUCUUGAUUAUCUUCCUCCAGAGAUGGUGGAAGGAAGGGAAUACAGGCAUUAUGUUGAUCAUUGGUGUUUAGGUGUUUUAUGUUAUGAGUUUUUGACAGGGAGUCCUCCGUUCGAAAGCGAGGAUCAAGACAGUACUUAUAAAAAAAUACAGGCGGUGGAUGUUAAGUAUCCUGACUCCAUUCCUUCUGGGGCUAGAGAUCUAAUUUCUAGACUACUGGUUCAUAGAAGUGAAAAACGAAUGUCUUUGCCUGAAGUGAUGCAGCAUCCUUGGGUUCAACGAAACAAGUGAUUUAUUUUAUGUUAUCAAAUGAGAUAGAGAGUAAUUUUUAAAUCGAGUUAUUUGUGGCUUGAAUAUGAAAAAAGUAAUAGUUCAUUUGAUAACUCUGUUUUGUUUUUAUCAAUAUUAUAUUCGGUUUAAGAACAUUUAUCAUUUCAUUGUACUGAACAUUUUUCAGCGCCUAAUAUUAUGAAAUACAUUAUUUUACAAUUU